GUUUUGUGUUCAACUGGCAAAUACUUCGACACCUGUCCUUCCAGAAAGAUAGUUUGCAUGCAAGGACGUGGUCGAUGAUGUGGCUCCUUGCAGUUUUACGAUGGAAACAUUGUCCAUGAUGAUAGGAUCAGUCUCCGAUUCAGACACCUCGAUACAGGUGCCCAUUCGCAGAUUAUCCACUACUCCAUCAAGAAACGGUCCGAGCUUGCGCGCUCCAUCAAGUUGACGCUGAUUUUGCGGGCAAUUGGUAAUGCAUCAGGAAAGUCCUAUAUAAACUGAUGCCACGCAUGAUGGCCUGCUCAUAGACCCAGGACCAAGCAAGAGCAUCUUGCCGGUACCCCAGUAGCAAUGGCCCCACCUGUUGAAGACUUGCCAGUGGCCGUUAGACACGACGUUUACCCUUUUAUUGACCCCAAGGAAGACUACACACGCCAGACAUACAAGGGCAAGGUCGUCUUCGUCACUGGCGCUUCCCGCGGCAUUGGUGAGGAGAUCGCGGUCACGUAUGCGCGCGCAGGCGCAUUGGUCGUGCUUGCGGCACGGAAACAGCAAACCCUUGACGACGUUACGGCUACAAUCAGGCGUCAUGCUGCGGACGCGCAGGUUCUGACAGUGCCCACGGAUGUGACGCAGCCAAAGCAGGUACAAGCUGCUGUAAAGGCGGCGAUCGAUGCGUUCGGGAGGCUAGACGUGUGUAUUGCCAACGCAGGGACGGCAAGCCAUUGGGAUCGACCGUUCGCAGAACGCGACGCCGAGGAGUGGUGGAAUGUCAUGGAGGUCAACUUCCGUGGAGUGUAUAACGUCGCACAUUUUGCCACGCCUUACCUUGCUAAAACAAAGGGCUACAUGGUAGCCGUCUCAUCGACUGCAGCUCAAUCCCGAAUCAUCUACUCGAGUUCAUACAGCGUUUCGAAGCAUGCUACUGGUCGCUUCUUAGAGUUUGUUCAGCUCGAAUAUCCAGACGUGAAAGUCUUCUCUGUGCAUCCUGGAACCAUCAAGACUGAGAUGGUCAUGGAACAUAAUCCCGAGUGGGAAGAGUAUCUCGUUGACACUACGCAGCUACCGGCAUGCACGAUUCUCUACUUGACUUCAGGCAAAGUUGACUGGUUGUCGGGAAAAUUUGUCUCUGCAAACUGGGAUUUGCAAGAAGUCAUAGACAAAUACAAGGGCAGCAUCAUUGAGAGUGGGGCGCUCGUCAACAGAUUUCACCUCCCUAAAUUGUAGGCAAAAGCUCUCUCCAGAUUAUCGCUCCCCCUGUCGACUCGUAUAUAUGCAUUCUUGUUGUGCUUAUGUUUACGUCGGUGAUUGAUUGUAUAUUUUUCACUCGAUUUGAGCCGAUCGAACUGCUGCCAG